UAUGAAUGAUACCCGUCACUUUUCAGUACCCAGCUGGACUCUUCUUCUUGUUUGCACUCCACUCCAAAGCCAGCCUGUCGCGCACUCUUCCCCCCUCCAAACCUACACCACACUCCACUCACCACCACCAACAAUGGCGUUCAAGGCGCUUCAGGACCCCUUCAGUGUGCUUUCUUCCAUGCAGCCGCCUGCCCGUGAGGGAGCGCUGACCAAGCUCGGGUACAUGAGUGGAAAGUGGCAGCAGCGCUGGUUCACUCUCAAGGGCAAUGUGCUUGCCUAUGCUGGAUCGCGCGGUGGCGGCACCAAGGGCCAGAUCUACAUCAACCAGUCCUGCACGGUGGCCGCCGUCCCGCCGUCGUCCAAGAUUGACGACAAUGCUCUCGGCCCCUAUGUCAAGCCCAAGCAACCAGUCGCCCAAAAUGCCUUCAAGAUCACAACGCCUUGGAAGGGCACGAUGCGCACCUUCUACUUCUACGCAGCCAGCCCACAGGAUCGCGACGGCUGGGUCUCGGCCCUUUCCGAGCUCGCCCAGGGCCAGGCCCCGCAGCAGGGCGGCGGCAUGAGCGAUAUUGGCGGCCUCAUGCAGAUGGCUGGCCAGAUGCAGCAGCAGCAGCAGCAGCAGCAGCAAGGUGGCGGCCUGGGCGAUAUGAGCGGUCUCAUGGCCAUGGCAAACCAAAUGCAAGGCCAGCAGGCGACCGGCGCACCUGGCGAGCAGCCGCCGCCAUACGACGCGCCCCAGGCCUCGGCACCGCCAGCAAAGGGCGCACCCCACGCAUCGGCGCCACCAGGAGCCAUCUACCAGGGACCGCGCGCAAAGGCCGGCGAGCGGCCGCCGGCGCCGUCGACGCCUGUGGAGCAGCUGCCCAAGUUCCCGGACGCCCUGCCCAUGAACGGUCUUGGCCAGAAGGGCGCAAUGGGCAUGGGCUCCCUCCUCAAGAUGAGUGGCCAGAUUAUGGGCGCGAUGAUGUCUCACAAGAACGACCCGCACCUGUCCAAGGAGGACAAUGCCGUCGCCCUGGCAGACAAGGUGCAGGGCGCAAGCGGCGUGUCAAACUACGAGCAGCAGCUGCUCAACGCCGCCACCAUUCUCGCACGCGACUUCCUGCCAGAAGGACUGGCUGGUGUUGUGGUGACGCAGGUGCCGGAGCAAGGCACGCUCGGCGCCCAGUACGGUCUCAAGCCAUACGACCUCGUCUUUGAGGCGGAGGGUGAACCGUUCACCAACAUGGAGGCCUUCCAUGCCAGCCGCAUGCUUGCCUGGCAGACAAAGGGCCAGUUCACCAUGUGCGUGUUCAACUUCAAGGACAAGGCAUACCGUGAUGUUGUCAUUGCGAUGCCGCCGGGAAAGCCAAACGCAAUUCUUGGCAUCCAAGCCACGCCCGUGCCCCCGCCAACGCAGGAGCAGCUGCAGGCGAGCCAGCAAGCGGCCGAGUCUGAGGUGUACGUGAAGGGCUGGAAGAAGCGCGGCGCCAUGUAUGUGUCCUCGAGCCCCCAGCACUACCCGCUCUCCGCUCCGCCGUCCCCAGACGCACACGACAUCUACGUCAAGAUCUGGCGCUCGCGUGGCCCCGGCAUGAUGGUGAGCACGGGAGAGUACCACCCGCUGUACGCAUACAAGGGUGACCCCGGUGUGUACACGGAGGCGUGGCGUCGCCGCGGGUCCAUGUUCAUCUCCGCUUCCGGCAGCAAGUACGUCGCCCUCCCACCAAGGUGAAGGAAGCUCGCAAGACUACAUGGCUUGGCUGGUGUCAUGGAGAGGGUGGCCCUUCAACCCUGUUUGCUUCUCCGCGCUUCUUCCUUCCUUCUGUUUGUCGUUCUUCGUUCCUUUUGCUGUCAUUGGCAGUCCUGCCAAUGCACCGUUCCAUUUUUCUUGUUUCGUUUCACCCUUGACCUUUUGUUCCGCCACAAGUUUCCCCACAUCAAAGUAAACGCCCCAAACCGG